UCAGAGGUGCAGCAGUUAAAGCAAAAACGGGCUCAAACAGCUCUCUGGAAGAAACCGGACAGCUCAUCAAAUCCUUCAAAACAAGUGGUGUGGGUGCCUGCGCGCCAGAAUCUCGUGAUAUAAACAUGGCUGCCACACCAAACAACACUCUGAGGAUCGUGCUGGUCGGGAAGACCGGAAGUGGGAAAAGUGCGACUGCAAACACCAUCCUCGGGGACAAAGUAUUCGCCUCUAGGAUUGCUGCGCAAGCUGUUACCAAAACUUGUCAGAAAGCAUCCCGGAAAUGGAAGGGGAGAGAUCUUCUCGUUGUUGACACCCCAGGGCUCUUUGACACCAAGGAGACUCUGCAAACCACCUGCAGGGAAAUCAGCCGAUGUGUCCUCACCUCCUGUCCCGGGCCUCACGCCAUCGUCUUGGUCAUGAGGCUGGGCCGCCACACACAGGAAGAGCAGCAAACCGUGGCGUUGGUCAAGAAUCUGUUUGGGAAAGCAGCCAUGAAGUAUAUGAUCAUCUUAUUCACUCGCAGAGAUGAACUGGGCGACCAGAGCCUGAGCGACUUUUUGAAGGAUGCAGAUGUAAACCUACGAAGCCUCCUAGAGGAGUGUGGGGACCGCCGCUGUGCCAUCAGUAACAGCAGAAACACAGACCAGGCUGAGAAGGAAGCUCAGGUGCAGGAGCUGGUGGAGCUGAUAGACAAUAUGGUGCAGAACAACCAAGGGGCUUACUUUUCUGACCCCAUUUACAAGAACAUAGACCAAAAGCUGAGACAGCAGGAGGAACACUUGAAGAAAGUCUAUGCUGAUGAAUUACAAAACAAAAUUAAACUAGUAGAAAAGGAAUAUGCACAUAACCCAGAAGAAAAGGAGAAACAAAUAAAGUUGCUAAUGCAGAAGCAUGAGGAACGAAUGAAAAACAUAAGGGAAGAAGCUGAGAUGAAUAUAUUUCAAGUUGCAUUCAACAUGAUUAAAAAUCUUCUUUCAGGAAUAUGGCACAUGUUCUGUGGUGUGGGUGCCUGCGCGCCAGAAUCUCGUGAUAUAAACAUGGCUGCCACACCAAACAACACUCUGAGGAUCCUGCUGGUCGGGAAGACCGGAAGUGGGAAAAGUGCGACUGCAAACACCAUCCUCGGGGACAAAGUAUUCGACUCUAGGAUUGCUGCGCAAGCUGUUACCAAAACUUGUCAGAAAGCAUCCCGGAAAUGGAAGGGGAGAGAUCUUCUCGUUGUUGACACCCCAGGGCUCUUUGACACCAAGGAGACUCUGAACACCACCUGCAGGGAAAUCAGCCGAUGUGUCCUCGCCUCCUGUCCCGGGCCUCACGCCAUCGUCUUGGUCAUGAGGCUGGGCCGCUACACACAGGAAGAGCAGCAAACUGUGGCGUUGGUCAAGAAUCUGUUUGGGAAAGCAGCCAUGAAGUAUAUGAUCAUCUUAUUCACUUGCAGAGAUGAACUGGGAGACCAGAGCCUGAGCGACUUUUUGAAGGAUGCAGAUGUAAACCUACGAAGCCUCCUCCAGGAGUGUGGAGACCGCCACUAUGCCAUCAGUAACAGCAGAUACACAGAGCAGGCUGAGAAGGAAGCUCAGGUGCAGGAGCUGGUGGAGCUGAUAGACAAUAUGGUGCAGAACAACCAAGGGGCUUACUUUUCUGACCCCAUUUACAAGAACAUAGACCAAAAGCUGAGACAGCAGGAGGAACACUUGAAGAAAAUCUAUGCUGAUGAAUUACAAAACAAAAUUAAACUAGUAGAAAAGGAAUAUGCCCAUAACCCAGAAGAAAAGGAGAAACAAAUAAAGUUGCUAAUGCAGAAGCAUGAGGAACGAAUGAAAAACAUAAGGGAAGAAGCUGAGAUGAAUAUAUUUCAAGUUGCAUUCAACAUGAUUAAAAAUCUUCUUUCAAGAAUAUGGCACAUGUUCUGGUAGCAUAAACUUUAUUUUUACUCCUCAUUUUACUAUAACUUGUUAAUACUGUAGUUUAUAGUUUCCAAAGAUGGUUAAAACCAUAUUCUCUGACUUCUUACAUUCUGACUUCCUCUUAUGAUCUCUCUUUCUUGCACUAUGGGUCUAUGUCCCCUACCUUGAAAUUGGAGGGACUUUGUGACUGCUUUGAGAAACAGUGAGUGGUUGAAGCAGCACCAUGUGACUUCUAAGAUUAGAUAGGGAAAAUGCCUCCUCCUCUUCCACAUUAGUUACCCUUGGAAUUUGCCCACCCUUCCUUCCCUUGAGAAAGCCUGAGUAGAAGAUCAAGUCGCUCUUAUGAAGAGAACCUGAAGUCACUGGUCCACUCCCCUGGCUGAUAGUUCAUCUGCCAUCCAGAAUCAGCUUGCUGGCCUUGCAAGUGAGGCAACACAGAGUGAAUUCUGCAGCUGCCAACUGAUGAAACUGCAAAGAGCAAAGAUGAGUCAUCCCCAUGGGGUCCUGCCCAAAUUACAGAUUCAUGAGAAAAAUAAAUGAUUGCUGUUGUUUUAAACCA